GAAGCUGCAGCUUUCAUGACGUCUCCCUGCGUGGUCCAUCACUUUUCUCCCAGCCGGGGAUUUUUUUUCCACCACUCUUGCCUUUUCCCCCUUUCCCUGUCCCUGCCCAAACCCACACCCCUCCGCCCCUCCUUUGGCCCCCGCGCCCACCCCUCCUCUCCGCUCUCGGCCACAGGGAGCCAGUUUGAAGACGGCCGCACCUGGCCGGAGAGGUCGCGCGGGCGGAGGGGUGGGAUCCGCGGGAAGCGAGCCCCGGAGCUGGAUGCACCUCGAGGAGAAUGGAGUCUCCUGACAGACUCCCGGGGCUGCUGUGAAAUUUGACCAUCUGAUUCCAGGGUUGUUUUUUUUUGUUUGUUUUUCUUUUCUUUUAUUUCUUCUCCUCGCCAUCCAUCGGGUAGCGAAUGAUUAAAUCUUGCUCCGUUUCAAGAAAGCAGAUCAUGAUUGAGUGAAAUCACCCGGUCCGCAGCAGGAAAAGCACAAAGAAGAAACUACAACAAUGGCCAAGUUGACAGAAUCCAUGAGCAAUGUCUACUGAGCCUCCACUGGGUUUCCAACCCGGUCACAGACACAGGGCUGUGGAGAACGAGAGUGAGGCAGAGCCGCUUACCUUGAGAGUACAGGGCCUAUCAGGGCACAGUGACAGAGAAGCCAGCCACUGUCCUACGAUGUGCUGAUGCGGUCCUGGGGACAGCAACUGGAUGGAGAGGACAGGAACCAACCAUCUUGGGAGCUCCCUGGGGAUGUGGAGUUGGAGCUGAGUUCUGAGGACUUAGCUAACGUCCUGGAGGGCGACUCCAUGGAUCAGGACGUUGAGAGCCCUGUGGCCAUCCACCAGCCAAAGCUGCCUAAGCAGGCCAGGGACGACCUGCCAAGACACAUCUGCCGAGACCGGACCAAAAGGAAAAUCCAGAGGUACGUGCGGAAAGAUGGCAAGUGCAACGUCCACCACGGCAACGUGAGGGAGACCUAUCGCUACCUGACCGACAUCUUCACCACUUUAGUAGAUCUCAAGUGGAGAUUCAACCUGUUGAUUUUCGUCAUGGUUUACACAGUGACAUGGCUCUUUUUUGGGAUGAUCUGGUGGCUAAUCGCAUACAUCCGAGGAGAUAUGGACCACAUAGAGGACCCCUCAUGGACUCCCUGCGUCACCAACCUCAAUGGGUUCGUCUCUGCUUUUUUAUUCUCAAUAGAGACAGAAACCACCAUUGGUUAUGGCUACCGGGUCAUCACGGACAAGUGCCCGGAGGGGAUUAUCCUCCUCUUAAUCCAGUCUGUGUUGGGGUCCAUUGUCAAUGCAUUCAUGGUGGGAUGCAUGUUUGUAAAAAUAUCACAACCCAAGAAGAGGGCAGAGACCCUGGUGUUUUCCACCCAUGCAGUCAUCUCCAUGCGGGAUGGGAAACUGUGCCUCAUGUUCCGAGUAGGGGAUCUUAGGAAUUCCCACAUCGUGGAGGCUUCCAUCAGAGCCAAGCUGAUCAAAUCCAAACAGACCUCGGAGGGGGAGUUCAUCCCUUUGAACCAGACAGAUAUCAACGUAGGGUAUUACACGGGGGAUGACCGUCUGUUUCUCGUGUCACCACUCAUCAUCAGUCACGAAAUCAACCAACAGAGUCCUUUCUGGGAGAUCUCCAAAGCCCAGCUGCCCAAAGAGGAACUGGAAAUUGUGGUCAUCCUAGAAGGAAUGGUAGAAGCUACAGGGAUGACAUGCCAAGCCCGCAGCUCCUACGUCACCAGUGAGAUCCUGUGGGGUUACCGGUUCACCCCCGUCCUGACGCUGGAGGACGGGUUCUACGAAGUCGACUACAACAGCUUCCACGAGACCUACGAGACCAGCACUCCGUCUCUUAGCGCCAAAGAGCUGGCCGAGCUGGCCACCCGGGCGGAGCUGCCUCUCAGCUGGUCUGUGUCCAGCAAACUCAACCAACAUGCAGAACUGGAGACCGAGGAGGAAGACAGGAACGCGGAGGAGCAAACGGAAAGGAAUGGUGAUGUGGCAAACCUGGAGAGCGAGUCGGAAGUCUAGUCCCCCAGCCGGGCCACCCCUCCCCUCUCCUCACACCUUUCCUCGUCUUGCAUUCUCUUCUGUCUCUCUUCCUUCGUUCUUUCUUUCUUUGCAUUUAAUUUUGGCAUUACCAGAAAGCAAAUCUUCAAGGUGUAAAAUAUCUACCUGCCCUCUCUCAGUUACUCAGAUUGACAAGGUAGACACAGAUUUGGUUAAGGUACAAUGUGCCCUCACUUGUGGCCGAACCUUGUCUCCUCCCUAAAUGCCACCCACCCAGCUCCCCUGCAUGUAUUGUACAAAUACCACAUCGCUCCACAGAGGGCGUCAAAGAUUCCACCCGGGGUAAGACAAGUUAGGUCUCCAGUGCCUGUCUCCAUCCAGUGGGACAACAGAGGACAGCCUUCCCGUUUAUAGACACCAACACAUUUCAUCCCCAGGGUGAGGUGCCUGCCCCCUGCAGGCGGGCACUGCAGCUAUUGGACCCAAAUGAGGUAAAGACAGAACACUGUACAUAUAUACGCCUUAUGCAAUUAUUUUCUUUUGCAGUUAGUAACAAAACCCAGCAUGUACAAAGUACUGCAGGACACACCUUCUAAAUAAUGUACAUACAUGUAUAACGCAUUUAGGUUUAGAUAUAUAACUUUAGAAAUAAGAUGAAAAACAAUCUCGCAAGUACAAUAGGCAUUUUGUUCCGAUGUCUUUGUUUUCUGAAUUCCUUUGGUCAGUCCCCUGACUGCUGCCCGUUAGAGCAUGGCCUUUGUUCACUGUCCCAGACUGGUGGCCUGUGGGGUACCUCACUGUCCCCUUGCUGAUCCUUUCAUUGAAUCUACAAGCCAUAGGUCUGGGGAAAGUUGGGAGGUCCAUAGAUGGUAAAACCCACCACCAAUACACUGAUAUACUGUGAAAUGUUUACAUACAAACUGAGGUCUCCUUUAAGAUAACAAGGGCCUCGCUGACUAGCCUGGGGGAGAAAUCCAAGAAGGGGACAUUCUCUGGCACGUCAUCAAUGAUGUGUGCGUGCUAUGCACACAAGCUUUCACCCUUUGUACUACAAUAGUUGGGGAAACUCUUUCACAAAACCAUUGAUUCUCCAGCUGUUCCACUCUGUAACCACGAGGAACAAUAGACUAUUAAAACAUGAGACAUGGAAAGUUAGCAGAAGAUGGUUUAUGUCUAAAGCCAUGAAAUUCAUGAAGGCUUGUAGUGGGCACUUAGGUUGUAAUCAUUGACCUCCCUCACUUUGACUUCAUCUGGCACUCUUCCCGUCCCCGGGAGCUUAUCCAUCAGCAUUGUCUUAUUGUUAUUUAUUCUUAUUCUUAUGUUUUUACUAUUAUGAAAUGACCAGAGUUCAACAUUCAAAGGUUAGAUCAACAAUCUUGGUGACUGUCUAAGAAAUCUCUCUAGAGUGUGCCACAGGUUAGAAAUCAAAUUCAACGUAUGUCUCAAUCAAACCAAACAAACAAAAUUGCAGCCUUAAUUCAUUUUAAUCUGCAAAGAUAAAUGGAGAGAGACAGAGAGAGCGAGAGAGAGCGAGAGAGAGCGAGAGAGAGAGAGAGAGAGAGAG